CCGCGCGCCCCCCGGCGGCCCCUUCCCGCGCCCGAGCGCUGACGACAGAAGGGCGCCGGCCUCGGCGGCUGCGGACGCGGGAGGCGGCGGGAAGAUGCUGCUCUUUGGCGUAAAUUGCAAUCGAUUAGGGAUCGUUUCUCAGAAUCGAGUUAGAAGUGAGAGUUCAGAUAAGUGAGGCCGCCACUGCUGCUUUGAACACCUCAGAAGGGGAGAAUGGAUUUAUCAGGAGUGAAAAAGAAGAGCUUGCUAGGAGUCAAAGAAAAUAAUAAAAAGUCCAGCACUAGGGCUCCUUCUCCUACCAAGCGCAAAGAUCGCUCUGAUGAGAAGCCUAAGGAUCGCUCUAAAGAUAAAGGGGCCGCCAAGGAGUCGGGGGAGAAGGACCGCGGCCGGGACAAGGCACGGAAGCGGCGCAGCGCUUCUAGCGGCAGCAGCAGCACCAGGUCUCGCUCCAGCUCCAGCUCCAGCUCGGGCUCCAGUACCAGCACGGGCUCCAGCAGCGGCUCCAGCUCCUCCUCGGCCUCCAGCCGCUCCGGCAGCUCCAGCUCCUCGCGCAGCUCCAGCUCAAGCAGCUCCUCAGGCUCCCCAAGCCCCUCUCGGCGCAGGCAUGACAACCGGCGACGCUCCCGCUCCAAAUCCAAGCCACCUAAGAGAGAUGACAAGGAGAGGAAACGACGGAGCCCGUCCCCAAAACCCACCAAAGUACACAUCGGGAGGCUGACCAGGAAUGUGACCAAGGACCACAUCAUGGAGAUAUUCUCCACCUAUGGGAAGAUUAAAAUGAUUGACAUGCCUGUCGACAGGAUGCAUCCACACCUCUCCAAAGGCUACGCCUACGUGGAGUUUGAGAAUCCCGACGAGGCGGAGAAGGCCCUGAAGCACAUGGAUGGAGGACAGAUCGAUGGCCAGGAGAUCACUGCUACCGCUGUGCUGGCCCCCUGGCCCAGGCCGCCCCCGAGGCGCUUCAGUCCUCCCAGGAGGAUGCUGCCGCCACCUCCCAUGUGGCGCAGGUCACCACCCCGCAUGCGGAGGAGGUCCCGCUCGCCACGCCGCAGGUCCCCCGUGCGCCGGCGAUCCCGCUCUCCUGGCCGCCGGCGCCACAGGAGCCGCUCAAGCUCCAACUCUUCCCGAUAGGCAGCCACCAGAAUCCCUUCCCCUGUAACUUUAUGUCCACCUCAGUUUUGUCACCCUUCUAGCCGGGGUCAGAUUAGUAGGAAAGGGAUUCCCUGCUCGGACAGCCUUCAGAGGCAACGGCUAAGACAUUG